AUGGUUGUCAAUGGCAUUGACCUUCAGCGAGCCACGCAUGCUCACGCCCUUGAAGUGUUCCGCGGCGCAACCGAGCCGAUCCUCGUUGAAGUGGCGCGCAGAGACCCUUGUACCGGUAUUUCCGGAGCCUAUCAUCUGCCAACAGGGCAGCCUCCCUUCAACAUCUCGUCCAGCAGGACAGGAGAAGCCUUAAGUCGGCAUCUUGUGCGACGAGCUUCAGGCGCAACCGUCGCCGUCGGAGCGAACUUCCGCGCCAUCAGACCUCGUCCGACCGGCCAACCGGUGAAGGUGGUCUCCGAUGGCUGCCGAACGAUAGACCAUGCAGAGGAGGUUUUGGGGCUGGCAUCGGCAGGAAAGAAAGUGGCAAAGCAGGAAGACGAAGAAGAUGAGAUGCGACAAGAUGGUCAGGGCAUAAGUCGGAACGCAGGAGUCCAGACAGAGGCUACAUGCCAAGUCAGGCAUGCCCAAGGGAUCCAGUGCUUUGGUAGUUCCCCGAGUUGCUUUUGCUGUUGCAGCUGUACCUCCUGCUGCCUGUGUUGCCAUGACGAGCCGUCUGUGAGUCGAGUGCCCGACGCUGCUGUGGCUCUGGCUGCCGCUGCAGAACUGGCCUCUCGUGAAAUCACAAACGCUUUGGGCCUGGUCUCGGAGUCAGAACAACUUGCACAUUCAGUGUAA